AGGCAGUCAUCUCAUUUCCUUCGCUACUGCUAGUGCUAAAAGGAAGAACAGGCUAUUCACCAGCUAAUCAGCCUCCAGUCAGACGAAAGGACGACCUCUCCAGCUCAGUGAACAGACAUGGCUCGGUGCGGUGAUGGAAAGCUCCUCUUCUGCAUCCUCUUCCUCACCUGCUGCAUAGCGACUUUGGCGGAGAGACUCGUGGACUGCUGCAACGAUGUACACAGGGCUACAAUUGAAAGACGUUCACUUGCAGACUACCGUCGACAGUUCAGGGGACAAGGCUGCGAUAUUGAUGCAGUGAUUUUUGUGACCAGACGUGGGAAGGAACUCUGUGUAGCCACAGACUCGCCGGGGCUCAGUGAUGUGAUGAGACAUGUGGAUUACUUGAAGAAAUUCUGCAAGGAGAAAAACUAUCGGCACAGACGCUGCUUUGGAGUGAAGCGUGUGUAAACUGAGAGUGACCUCUGACCUCACCGCAUUGCUGCAGCGAGUCAAGGAAAAGGUGUUAUCCAACCAAUUACCAAACAAAUAAUACUAAUCUCUUUUUGUACACAAAAGCUAUUUUGAUAUUUCUCCUGUCUGUCCUGUAUUUCAUUAUAUAGAUAAGGUGUGGUACAUUUGGUACAUUCUGUUCAUUCAGUACAUUUACUUCAUUUGUGAUAACUAUAAAGCAU